UCAACAGUCACACUAAAAACAUCUUUCGACACUGAGUCCUGCGAACGACAACUUCUCUUUAUUUUGAACAAACUAUAGGACACGUGUUUUAUUUAUUUGGAUCCACUUAUUCAAAGAGUUUUUUUUUACUUUCGUCACCUUACUACGGAUACUGCGAGUCAGAUAUACCUACAUCGUACAUGACCUCGACGCUACGAGAUCGGUUGGACUGGUGGGACCGAAAGUGAAACCAUUAUAAUAUUUACAAUCGCAAAUCUCUCUCUCUCUCUCUCUCUCUCUCUCUCCGUCGUCUCUGUCCGUCUUUGGCGCGUUUUUCAUUCGGAAACAAGGGUGGGAGGAACGCCGCCAACCCAAUAGCGACGACAUCAAUGGUAACCGACUGUCGCGGUCGGAUCUUAGAGUUAUUUCGUACUCGCGUGGAGCGAACAUAUUUAUUUCACGCGCACAAGUCGCCGUCGUCCUCUCCGAUUUUCGCGUAAAAACCGUGGCUCGCAAGGCCCGCGAAGUUUGACGCCAGUCCGGAGACGAAAAUACGAUUUACCAUGUUGGAACCCAACCUUGUCAACGUCGUGCUUAUCCUGACGGCGAUUUUGAUAUCGUGUGCGAUAUGGUCGCGACUCCGGAAGCCGCUGGAAUACCGGCAGAUAUCGUCGCAUGUGCCGUCCCUGACUAAAAACCUCUGGGACGAGAUGCUGUUUUCGUGCACCAUGGGGAUGAAACACCCUAAAGAUUUAUUGCCGUUCUUCAAAGAAAUAUUUGAAAAAAACGGCCCAGUAGUUCAUGCCAAUAUCACUGGACGGUCAUAUGUGUUACUAAAUGAUCCGGAUGACAUAAAAACUCUGUUAUCCAGUACUGCGUACAUAAACAAGGGCCCAGAGUACGAAAUGUUGAAACCGUGGCUGAACGAGGGACUUUUAUUAAGCAAAGGUUUAAAAUGGCAUAACCGUCGAAAGCUCCUGACCAACACUUUUCACUUUAAAACAUUAGACAUGUACAAUCCGGCCGUCAAUAAGCAUGCAAGAGUAUUUGCGAAAAAUCUCUUGGACGCGUGUGCGGACAAUAAAGAAAUUUCAAUUUCGGAAUACGUGACGUUAUGUUCUUUAGACAUAAUCUGUGAAACAAUUAUGGGUACUGAAAUGAAUGCACAAAAAGGGAAAUCAGUUCAAUACGUUCAUUCCAUUAAAAGUGCUUGCAGGUCAGUGAUUGAUCGAGUUUUCAAAUUUUGGCUUUGGAAUGAUCUAAUUUAUAGAAUCAGCAAUAGUGGUCGAUCGUUUUUUACAUCAAUCAAAGUGUUGCAUGAAUUUACAGAUAAUGUCAUCAAACGUAAACAAUCGUUGUUAAAAAACUCUGAAAAUCAAAAAGUGCAGCCUGAAAUCAAACCUGAAAAAAAUCGACCAAAAUCAUUCUUGGAUUUACUUCUUGACGUUUUGAACGAAAAUCCAGAUCAAAUGACUAUCAAAGACAUUCGAGAAGAAGUAGACACGUUUCUUUUUGAAGGACACGACACAUCUUCCAUAGCGAUGACGAUGACAAUUUUAUUGUUGGGGUUGCACCAAGAUAUUCAAGAUCACGCUAGGGAAGAGCUAUAUAGUAUAUUUGGCGACUCCGACAGAGACGCUACAAUGGAUGAUUUAAAUGCCAUGAGAUAUUUAGACGCAGUCAUUAAAGAAACACUCCGACUAUAUCCGAGUGUACCAAGUUUUACGAGGGAAUUGAAUACAACUUUACAACUCAAGAACUAUACCAUACCUCCAAUGACAACAAUGGCUAUAUUUCCCUACGUUUUACAUCGAAAUGAAGACAUUUAUCCAAAACCUGAAGAAUUUAUUCCUGAAAGGUUUUUAGACGAAGAAAAUAAAUCAAAAUUUCUAUUUAGAUACAUACCGUUCAGCGCAGGCGCAAGAAAUUGCAUUGGACAAAAGUAUGCUAUGAAUCAAAUGAAAACAGUAAUAUCGACAGUAUUAAGAAAUGCAAGGAUUGUAUCUUCGGGAAGCAAAGAAGAUAUUAAAAUCAGUAUGCAAUUACUAAUCAGAAUAGAGUCACUUCCAAAAGUAACAUUUCAUAAACUAUAGCUAAUUAUAUUUUAUACAGUAUUAUAUAGUUAAUAGUAAUUUGACGAUAUUUGUUUUUUGUGAUGAAUGUAACGGUCAUAGAAAGUUUUUGUAAACCUAAAUAUAUUCAAUACAGAAUACAGAAACAUAAUAAUUUAAGACCUUCGUCUAAAAAUUACCGAGGAUUAAAUUAUUUGUUUAGUUUUUAAGUAUUUGAUAUUUAAUUUUGUUAGUAAUCAUAAUAGAUUACAUAAAAUAAAUUGUUGUUUCUGUGUUAUAA